ACGGCCAGCGCGCAAACAGCUACAGAAAAACAGGAGCUAACGAGCUGCGAAGAGGGUCCUUCGGCUGCAACUGACCACGAGAGCUGGGCAAAAGAAGAAGCCUACAUUUUUUUUUGCUGUUUGUACAAUUAAAAAGACAUAAACAAAAGUGAUUGUCCCAGUGAAUAUUGUGGGCUGUGCUGCGCCAUGUCAACAGAAUGCAAAACUCUGAUGGCAAACUAAAAUUAAAUUAACUGAAACAACAAACAAUAACUAGUGAACUAAGAAAACACAAUCCAGGAUGUCGGACCAGCAGAAAGCCUCCCUCUGUCCCCGUUUGGUGGAUUACAUGGCCAUAGUGGGUGCACAUACGACGCCACCGAUGCCAAAAGGACUGCAGGGCCUCAAGGCCCCGCCAGUACAGGUGCCCGAUCUUCUGCGUCGCUAUCCCCCAUCGGAUCAUGCCGACUUCCCGCUGCCCCUGGACAUGGUGUACUUCUGCCAGCCAGAGGGGUGCACCAGCGUGGGUCCACGACGCACUGGCUCCGCCAUCCGGGAUAUGACCUCCUUCGUCUUUGCGCUGACCGACAAGGAUUCGGGCAAGACGCGAUAUGGCAUAUGCGUGAACUUCUACCGGCCCAUCGAGCGACCCAGUUCGGUUUCCGGUUCGGCGGGAGCUGGCCACGAUCGUUCGGGAAACGGAGGACCCGGCGGACAUGGAGGCGGCGGUGGAGGGGGAGCAGGCGGAGCCGGAGGCGGUGGGCGCGGGGGAAGGCGGUCGUCAGCCUUCAGGCGAGAAUCCUGGCGCAAGAGCAUGGAACGCAGUUCGGAUUCGGCAUUUAGCAGUUACGGCCUCUUAACUUCUUCUAGCGACUACAGAAGUAACGUAGCGCCUAGCGAUUCGGACCGUGAACUGACCUCGCGUCGCGACUCGGACCAACAGCGCCUCCACUCGCAGCACCACUCGCAUCAAUCGCACCACCAGUCGCACCACCAGCCGCACCACCCGUCGGCGGGUCCGGCGGUGCCCAAGCUGGGCCUGAUGGCCCCGUCGGCGGACUCCGAGUCCGGUGGCAGCCACUCCCCAUCGCCGCGCGCCUCCCGGAAAAGGACGAAGCUGCGCAACCAGUCGCUCACCUCGCUGUGCAUCAUCUCGCACCAUCCGUUCUUCACCACAUUCCGCGAAUGCCUCUUCAUCCUGAAGAAGCUGAUCGAUGCCUGCAAUGAGUCCUCGUCGCCAAAACGAGUGGGUGCCUCCCAGAAGAUCAACCGGGAUAAUGUGUGGACCGUGCUGACGGGCCAUGUCAGCGAUGCCACGCCCUCAAUUGUCUUGCACGAUGUGAGGGAAAUCGAAACAUGGAUCCUUCGACUGCUGUCCACGCCGGUUCCGGUGCCGGGAUCCACACGAGUCGAGGUGGAGGUGCUGUCGCCAACGGUUCAUGAGCCACUGCUCUUCGCGCUGCCCGACCAUACCCGUUUUUCGCUGGUGGACUUUCCGCUCCACCUGCCACUAGAGCUCCUCGGCGUGGAGACCUGCCUAAAAGUUUGGACUCUGAUCAUGCAGGAGAACAAGGUGCUGUUCCAGUCGCGUGACUACAAUGCCCUCUCCAUGUCGGUGAUGGCCUUCGUCACCAUGCUAUAUCCGCUGGAGUACAUGUUCCCGGUCAUCCCGCUGCUGCCCACUUGCCUCAGUUGUGCGGAGCAAUUGCUGCUGGCGCCCACGCCAUUUGUUAUCGGGGUGCCCGCUUCGUUCCUGGUCUACAAAAAGAACUUCAGGUUACCAGAUGACAUUUGGGUGGUUGACUUGGACUCCACCAAACUUACGCCACCCACUGGUGGUUACGAGGAAAUACCACCGCUACCUGAGCCCGAGGGCACCAUUCUAAAGAACCACCUUAAGCAGGCAAUGCUAUUGAUGGAUGAAGCUGGACUUGGUGCACUCACCUCCAUGACGGCCACCAAUACGGCGGUGUCUUCGCAGCAACUGUUGCCAUCGGUAAGGGACAGUCUCCAGGAACCACCGUUGCUGGGGGUUUCGCAGGUGCGAUUGCCACUACAGACACCGCCGCACUCGGCGCAGGCUAGUCAACGAAACUCGAUGUCCGCCCAGGGCGGGAUGAGCUCCCGGCAGCCAAGUCCGAUGAAUUCACCGGCCCUCAAUCCAUUCGUCUAUGGCACGGAUGUGGAUUCCGUGGACGUGGCCACGCGAGUGGCGAUGGUGCGGUUUUUCAAUGCCCAAAAUACGUUGGCCAAUUUUGCCGAGCACACGCGCACUUUACGGCUAUAUCCACGUCCCGUUGUGGCUUUCCAGAUAAAUAGCUUCCUGCGAUCCCGACCGCGAGCGUCACAGUUCCUGAAUCAGUUUGCCAGGACUCAGGCGGUGGAGUUCCUGGCGGAGUGGUCUCUUACGCCCACUAAUGUGGCCUUUCUGCGAGUUCAAACUGGGGUCAUGGAUCCCAUGCAGGUGGGCGAUAAGCCCAAGUGGUUUGCCCACGCCCUUACUCCCAUUCGAUUUUCGGUCUGGGAUGAUGGAAGCUCGCUGAAUGGAGCUUUACGAUCGCUGAAACAACUGGAGUGUCAACCGACGGACGAGAGUGGUUCGGACUCGGAGGGAGCGGAUAGUAGCAGCUCCUCGUACAGUUCCCUUAGUGAUUUCGUCUCGGAAAUGGCCUCCUCGGAUCUAUCGCCUAGUCUGCAUGACGUCUUCGGCUCGUACAAUCGGCCGCACGUUGUGCCCCAGACACUUUCCUCGAAUCUGGACCCAGCCUUGGUCUAUCAUCCACCUAGCAAACUGCAAUACCCCGAGGGCAUUGCCGAUGCGGCGGCCAGCAAAGCGGAGGAGGAUGAGGAGCGAGCCGAUAGUCCGGUGUCCUCAUCCUCAAGUCGUUCGGAUCUGAGUUCACCGAGCUUCAAUCGCGACUCAGAGUUUGAUUUCCAGCCCAAGGGGGGACAACAAGCUCUGGGAUCGACAGCAGCAGCAGCAGUAGCAGCUGGCGGUGGAGCGAGUGCACCCAGUUUCGAGUUGGCCACUCCGCUGGCCAUGCGACUGGAGGCCACCAUUAAGAUGGCCAGCAUCGAACAGGAAGCGGAUACGGUAUCGGGCAAGAUCAUGGCCACCGCCUCCAAGCUUCAAAGACAUCCUAGUGAUUCCGAGAGGCCCGAGAAGAAGAUUCCGCCACCGCUAACACCACCCAUUAAACAACCGGGUGUAAGUAACAUUCUGGCGCGGACCGGUAGUUCCGGCUCUAGUUCGAGCAGUCCUGGACGCCAGAGUUCCCAGAGCUCCCUCUUCGAGAACUUCGCCUCCCAUGCCAAGGAGCUGGUGAGGGAAACCACGCGACAAAGUAGCCAAGAGGGUCUACUGGCCCAUGUGGAUAAGCAUGCGCUGGACGAAGAUCUUGACGACAAAAUGCGUCAUACCUUCGAAAAGUUUACACUGCACGCGAAGAAGGCGGCCGGAGAGGCUUCGAAGCAGGCUCUGGAGGUUUCCAAGCAGGCGGCUGGGGUGAGCAAGAAUACCCUCGAGGAUCUCACCUACGUGGGCAAGUCGACGCUGGGAGAUCUCACGAAGACGGCCAAGGAGGCGGCCACCAAGAAGGGCAUAAUCAAGAUCGAGGAGCAUCCCGCGGCCGUGGCAGUAGCGCCGCCAAAGUCUCCUGGCUCUCAGUUGGCUACCCACAAGCAGGUGCAACAAAGUGGAGGAUCGGGUGGCGGCAACAACUUUUUCUCCUCCAUUGGCACUGAUUUUAAUGGUCUAGCCUCCUCCACAUCCACCAUGUUCUCGGGCAUGUUUGGUAAAAAGAACCAGCAAAAGCAGGUUCCUAUGCCACACAAGCCAACUAGUGUAUCCUCGGGAAAGGGCAAGACAGGCAUCAAUUUCGAUCCGUUUCCCGGACGCAAAGGUCUCGUCGAGCGGACGCCGUUGAUCAAGCACUCGGGUCCCAGGCAAACGCAGGAGGAGCUGACCCGUCAGCAAAACCAGGAGCGUUCGCAUAGUAAUGCCGAGAAUCAGACUUUCCUUAAGGACGUCACCAACCAGGUGCUAGCUGGAGAAGGUGUUGGUUGGCUGAAGCUCAACAGGUUCAAGAAGCUCAUGGAGGACGAGUCAUAUCGCACUCUAGUACUCAGUAAGCUCAACAAGACCCUGGACAAGAAGAUCGCCCCAGAUGAUCACAUCGACGACGUGUGCGUGACGAAGCCCGUGUGGAAGGGCAUGCUCAAGUGCGUCCAGGCGAUUGCCGGCGGAUUGGAUGUGACCUUUUCGAAUUUCGGUCUGGGCGGUAUGGCCUCUGUGUUCCAACUAAUGGAGGUGGCACACACGCACUACUGGAGCAAGGAGAUCAACGAGGGCAGCGACAUGUCCUCCAGCCUGCUCUCCAGCCACGCGGCCAGUCCGAUGGGCAGUCGUGAGAAUCUGCGGUCGCCCAGCUCGCCAAAUGGUUCUCAUUCGGCUUUGGGCAGCGAGUGGGCAUCACCGCAGGAGUCGCGCAAGAGCUCCACCCAACUGCCACACGGUGGACCGGGUGGUGGCUCUCAUCCAGGAGCACCGGUCAACCGGCGCUUGUCUUCGGCGGACAGCCAGGAUGGCCAGUCCACGACGGAGAUGUUCAAGGAUAUGCUGUCACAGAAGAGAAGUGCCUUGAAGAACAUGCUCACCUCCUUCGAUUCGGAUGCUGCUGGCUCUACGGGGGCGCUCUCCGUUGUCAGUUUGGGUGUCCGCUUGCCCUCCAGCUGCCGGUCCACGGUCUCUGACACCGAGUACGAAAAUACGACCACCUCGAAGGACUCGAAAAGAAGCUCUGGGAAUCUGUGGUCCGGAAAGUCGACGCUAAGUGCCGGAUUCCGUUACACUGGCGGGCACCUGAUAAACACCUCAUCCUCCCCUUCGCCAGACAGUCCGCGGGUGUAUCUCUUCGAGGGUCUGCUGGGCAAGGAUCGGCUCAAUCUUUGGAACCAAAUGCAGUUCUGGGAGGAUGCCUUCCUGGACGCUGUUAGUCAGGAGAGGGAUAUGAUUGGAAUGGACCAGGGUCCCAUUGAGAUGAUGGAGCGCUACAAAUCGCUGAGCGAGUCGGAACGCAAGCGUCUUGAACACGACGAGGACCGCCUGCUAUCCACAAUGCUCUACAACCUGACGGCCAUCCUGGUGAUGUUGAACGUGACCAAGGACGAGAUCCGACGAAAGAUUCGCCGUCUUCUGGGAAAGAGCCACAUUGGCUUGGUAUAUUCCCAGGAGGUGCACAAUGUAGUCGAUCAGAUCAAUAAUCUGAAUGGCAAUGACAUUGAUCUAAAGCCUUUGGGUUCACGACUGCUGCACCGGCAGAGCUUCACCGUCCACCAGGGCACAGAUGUGAACGGACCUCUGCGAUUCAUGGAGGUGCGGGACGAUGGCCUGGUACUGCGAUCGGUGGAUGGCACCAUUGUGGAGCGCUGGUGGUACGAGCGCCUGGUCAACAUGACCUAUUCGCCCAAGACCAAGCUGCUCUGCCUGUGGCGCCGCAAUGGUGGUCAGACGCAGUUGCACAAAUACUAUACGCGGAAGUGCAAGGAGCUAUACAACUGCAUCAAGGAGGCCAUGGAGCGCGGCGGUACGCCCACCAAUGUGCCCGAACUGGGUGGUGAAUUUCCCGUUCAGGACAUGAACACGGGAGAGGGCGGCCUGCUGCAGGUGUGCCUCGAGGGUGUCGGUUUGUUGUUCUCCAACAGCAAGGAUUUCGAGUUCUUCGUGCGUUUGGACCAUAUCCGCAAGUGCUUCACCCAGAAGGGCGGCAUCUUUGUGCUGGAGGAGUACAAUCCCAAGACGCGCAAUCUUAUCCAGCGGAAGUACCAGUCGAGCAUGUCCGAUCAGAUUUGCUACUCGGUGCUGUGCGUUUUCUCCUACGUGGCCGCCGGUCAGGAUCAGAAGAAGAACCCGGUUGUUAUAACGCCGCAAAUCCAGGACAUCCAUGCCCAGCAAAAGCAGAAGCAACAGCAGCAGCAACAGCAUCAGCAGCAGCAUCAGCAGCAACAUCAGGCACCGCAGCAACAUCAGGCACCGCAGCAACAUCAGGCAUCGCCAGUGCCGACAGGAAGUGCCCCAGCGGCUCAGGCCAAUCCCAGCCGAAUGAUGAGUGGCAAAUCCCAGCCAGGCAGCAUCACCAUCCGCCACACGGUGCCCAUGCAGAAGCCCACCAUCACCAUGUCCACGGUGCAGCCGCAGGCCAGGAUGCCCGUCCAAGUGGCCACAGCUGCUCCAGCAGCUGCUCCGGUGCCGGUGCCAAUGCCAGUGCCAGUUUCAGUUGUAGUUCCCGUGCCAGGAGCCCAUUCCUCGCCCAAUCCCGGCAAUCUGCCGCAGCUGCCGCCGCGUGUACCAUCGCAGCCAUCCACUGAGAGCCUGGCCUCGAUCUCGUCACCGCCGCCAAAGCUAAGGACUGCGAUGACCGCUCCACCGGGACCGCCGCCGGCCAUACCGCCACGCACGGGGGCCAUCGCCCGGAGCGGAUCGGUUCCGGCGGCCCGUUCCUUUGUCCGCCAGGCGUCGGCGAAUUCCACGCCGCCGCAGUAUACGCCACAGCCGCCGCCGCCCUUUGUGAUCCCCAAGCGGCACGGUGGACUGGCCAGGGCCUCCACUUUGGCAUCGGGGUCAGCGGGGUCAACGGGGACAGCGGGGUCCGCCUCCAAUCAUCCCGGGCAUUCGCAGUCGCAGCAGCGCGCCAGCCACGGCAGCGUCGCCGCUGUGCUGCAGUCCAUGCCGGAGGCUGAGCCCGGAUACGGGUCCGGAUCCGGAUCCGGGUCGAUUUCCGGCUCCAGUUCCGGCUCCGGUUCGGCAUCGGGCUCCAUUGCCAGCGCUUCACCGCAGGCCCAUCGCAAGCACUGACGAAGGAGU